AUGAAGCUUCUUUCGAUCAGUGACGUGGCAAAAGAAAGAGAUUGUAUAGAGUCGUAUGACGAAGCGAGAGACUCGUCGGUUGUGGACGAAGAUAAGCUACUGGACUCCUUGGAGACUGAUCUGAGAUCGGGUGGGGUAAUUGUGGAUUGGCAUGUGUGUGAUAUCUUUCCUGAAAGACUAAUCGAUUUAGUUGUUGUGCUGAGAUGUUCCAACUCAACUCUCUAUGAAAGACUCGAAAAGAGAGGCUACAAAAAGAGCAAGAUCUCAGAAAACGUGGAGGCAGAAAUCAUGCAGGUGAUACUGGAGGAGGCUCAAGACUCUUACGAUGAGCACAUCGUCAUAGAGUUGAACAGUGACUCCAAAAAGGAGUCUACUGCCAACGUGAAAAGACUGGUGAGCUGGUUAAAGAAAUGGAUCGACGAUCACCCCCAAGGUGUUAGCAAUGAACUCCAGGUAACUGAUAGUGAAAGCGAUGCCAAUGAUGACGAUGAUGAUGAAAAAUAA